AUGACUAUAUCGAAAGGUAUUGACUUUGAUCUUGUUCUGUGGAUGAUUGAUCAUUUCUUAUCUUUGGUGGAUUUGUUGCAAAUUUCAUGUGGGAGACAUGGGUCUAUUGGAUGUUGUCGGUUUGUGUGCUUGUUGGUGUCGUGGUUGCUGUUUGUUACGAGCUUUUGCGAUGCUGCAGCAUUUGAAGUGAUCGGGGAUGGAGAAUGUGCAGAUUGUGCUGAGAAUAGUUUCGAGACCAGACAAGCAUUCUCAGGCCUUCGUGUUACCAUAGACUGCAAGCCGGAAAAAGGCGAAAACUUCGAAACCCGAGGCUCCGGCGAGCUCGACGAUGAAGGCAAAUUCAAAGUAUCCCUUGCCGGAGACAUGGUUAAAGAUGGUAAAUUAAAGGAGCAAUGCUACGCGCAGCUCCACAGUGCAUCGGCUCAACCUUGCCCUUCCCUCGACGGCCUCGAAUCCUCCAAGAUCAUUUUCAAAUCCGCCGGGGACGAUGGCGAACACCGAUUCGGGCUGAAAGGGAAGCUCAAAUUCUCGCCGAUAACGUGUGCCUCCGCCUCUUUUUGGCCACACCACCACCAUAAGUUCUCUCCAUUGCCAAAGCUUCCACCACUUUCACCAUUGAAAAGCUUCUUCCACCAUCAUUAUCCUCACCCUCCGAUUUACAAGAAGCCGCUUCCGCCCCCGGUUCCGGUCUACAAGCCUCCGGUUUAUAAGCCUCAUCCAGUUCCGGUCUACAAGCCUCCGGUUUAUAAGCCUCAUCCAGUUCCGAUUUACAAGCCGAAACCUCACCCGCUUCCUACGAUUCCGAAGAUCCAUCCAAUCCCAAAGAAGCCGUGCCCGCCGAUCCCCAAGCUUCAUCCGAAGUACUUCCACCACCCCAAGUUCGGAAAAUGGCCGCCGUUUGCUCCACAUCAGCCUUGAAGUAUUCGUAGUCUCAUGCAGUGAUAAUGUGCGUGUGUGUGCAUAAAACAUUGAACUGUUUUAUGCAAUGUUUCAUUAAGCUAUAAUGCAUGCAAUAAAGGUACGUGAAGGGGAGAUAACUUACGUAAACAUGUAUUAAAAUGUUUGAAUCUUUAAUUUUAUAUGAUAUAGUAUUAAAUUGUGG